AUGGCGGCCCUCAGGAAGCCAGUUGCCUUUGAUGAUGUAACAGUAAACUUCACCCAAGAAGAGUGGAACUGUCUAGAUGAUAACCAGAGGGCCCUUUACUGGGAUGUUAUGUUGGAGACCUUCAGGAAUCUAGAGUAUGUAGGUUGUGAAGGGGCCAAACCUAGACCAACUCACCUCUCUCAUUCCAACUCUCUAGCCAAAGCCUUUCUGUCUAAACCAGAUCCAGUUACCAAGACUGAGCAAGCAGAGGAGCAGUGGGGAAUGGAUCACCUGCCCUCAGACAGAGACUGCUUCCCUUUAGGAGACAAGAAGGAGUAUGAGGAACUUCAAGAACAGACUGAGAGCCCAAGAGAUAGGACUGAUGAUGAGAAGGUCUCCCCUGCUGGGAGACAGAUGGGCCACAGCCCACCCUCUCCUCCAGCCAGGUCCACGGCCAAGAUCCCAGUGUUCUCAGCAUCCUGGGGUGUGUUAUCUUUUCACUGUCACACCUGUGGUAAAUGUUUCAAAAGACACUCCCACCUCCAUAGACACCAGUUUGUUGACAAUCCCAAGUGGAUUCACAACUGCAGUCAGUGUGGGAAGACAUUUAGGAACCUCAGAACCCUAAGAUACCACCAGCAUGUGCAUCUCAGGGAAAAGCCCUUCCAUUGUUCCCUCUGUGGCAAGACUUACUGUGACCCAUCUGGGCUGAAUCGCCACUACCGGGUCCAUCUGGAUCAUCGCCCUCAUCCAUGCUCCAACUGUGGGAAGAGAUUCCGGGACCAGUCAGAGCUCAAACGUCACCAGAAGACACACCAAGGCCAAGAGUCAGGAGGGAAGCAGGAGGAUGUUGUGAAGAUUCCAAAUGCCACAUCUAAACUCCAGGUGUCCACCCAGGAGCCUAUGGAUGGGAGCCAUGCACCCAUCUCUGGGAUCCAGGAACCCAUCAUUAGGAAGCAGGCACUGGUGGCCAGCAGCCAAGAAUCUCUAUUUAGAACUGAAAACCGUAUGAACCAGACCAAGCCAUCUUUUGUUAAGAACCAGGAAUCUGUUGACAAAAACCAGUCAGGGCUGGAGUCUUUGAGGAAACAAUCACCACUUGCAAAGUUGGCAUUCGAGAAUUGA